UGAGCGCCUGGCUCCGCGGCGGCGGCCGGCCCGGAGACUUGGGGGAGCCCCGCGAUCGCGCCCCUCGGGGGAGCAGCAGAGGCUGCAGCGGAAGCAGUGCUCCCCCAGCCCGUCCCGGCGCUGCUGCUGAAUCUUUGAUGAGGCAGGUCCGCAUUCGAGGAGAUCGGGGAAACUUGAGGCCGAGAUUCUGUCCUCCCCUCCAUCUGUCUCUGGACACAGCAGUGUUGUAGACAAAGCCAGCCUUGGAGCCAUGCCUCGAAGUCCCACAUCCAGCGAAGAUGAGAUGGCUCAGAGCUUUUCAGAUUACUCAAUGGAAUCUGAGUCAGAUAGCUCCAAAGAAGAGACCAUCUAUGACACAAUCCGGGCAACCUCUGAGAAACCAACUGUCAAGAUGGAAGAGAGUCAGGGCAAUACACUAGUCAUUCGCAUCAUCAUUCAGGACCUACAGCAGACGAAAUGCAUCAGAUUUAACCCAGAUGCCUCGGUGUGGGUAGCCAAGCAGCGGAUCCUCUGCACAUUGAACCAGAGCCUCAAAGACGUCCUGAACUACGGGCUGUUCCAACCGGCCAGCAAUGGGCGAGAUGGGAAAUUCUUGGAUGAGGAGCGACUUCUCAGGGAGUACCCACAGCAUGUGCCCAAAGGCAUUCCUUCUCUGGAGUUCCGAUACAAAAGGCGGGUGUAUAAGCAAGCGAAUCUGGAUGAGAAGCAGCUGGCCAAGCUCCACACCAAGACAAACCUGAGGAAAUGCAUGGACCAUAUUCAGCAUCAUUUGGUGGAGAAAAUCUCCAAGAUGUUGGAGCGAGGCCUGGACCCCAACUUCCAUGAUACAGAAACAGGAGAAACACCACUGACAUUGGCAGCCCAGCUUGACAACUCCGUGGAGGUGAUCAAAGCCCUAAAAAAUGGAGGCGCCCACUUGGACUUCCGAGCCAAAGAUGGAAUGACAGCCCUGCACAAAGCCGCUCGAGCCAAGAACCAGGUGGCCCUCAAGACGCUGCUGGAGCUCGGGGCCUCCCCAGACUACAAGGACAGCUACGGCCUCACGCCCCUGUAUCACACAGCAGUUGUUGGAGGGGACCCUUACUGCUGUGAACUGCUCCUGCAUGAGCACGCCACGGUCGGCUGCAAGGACGAGAAUGGCUGGCACGAGAUCCACCAGGCCUGUCGCUACGGACAUGUCCAGCAUCUCGAGCACUUGCUGUUCUACGGAGCGGACAUGGGGGCCCAGAAUGCCUCUGGGAACACUGCCCUACACAUUUGUGCACUUUACAACCAGGACAGCUGUGCUCGAGUUUUGUUGUUCCGUGGGGGUGACAAAGAAUUAAAGAAUUACAACAGCCAGACUCCAUUUCAGGUGGCGAUAAUCGCGGGAAACUUUGAGCUGGCGGAGUAUAUUAAGAACCACAAGGAAACAGAUAUUGGAUGGAGGGAACCCCUGCCAUUCCGAGAAGCCCCAACGUACUCGAACCGGCGGCGGAGACCCCCGAGCACGCUGGCGGCCCCCCGCGUCCUGCUGCGCUCCAACAGUGAUAACAACCUCAACGUGAACAACCUCCCUGACUGGUCCGUCUGUUCCUCGGCCUCUUCCCACCGUAGCCUUUCCCCCCAGCUCCUGCAGCAGAUGCAGGGCGACCCGAAUGGCACAGUAAAAACCAUUGGGAGCUACACGCCAGGGCCUCGCAGCCGCUCCCCGUCAUUGAACCGGCUCGGGGAGGAUGCCAGGAGGCAGCAGCAGCAGGCACCACCACCACCUCAGCGGCACAUCAGCGCCGGCUUUGCUACUGGUGCCGGCAAGGACGCCAUCUCUGCCUUUGACUAUCCGGGUCCCAAGCGAAAGCUCUACAGUGCCGUGCCUGGGAGACUGUUUGUUGUGGUGAAGCCAUAUCAACCUCAAGUCGAUGGAGAGAUCCACCUGCACCGGGGCGACAGGGUCAAAGUGCUGAGCAUCGGUGAAGGUGGCUUCUGGGAAGGCAGCACACGAGGACACAUUGGGUGGUUUCCUGCCGAUUGUGUGGAGGAAGUUCAGUGUAAACCAAAUGAAAGCAAGCCAGAAACCCGCACUGAUCGAACCAAGAAACUCUUCCGCCACUACACGGUGGGCUCCUAUGACAGCUUUGAUGCUUCAAGUGACUGCAUUAUCGAAGAGAAGACGGUGGUCCUGCAGAAGAAAGACAAUGAAGGCUUCGGCUUCGUGCUGCGAGGGGCUAAAGCUGACACUCCAAUUGAAGAGUUUACCCCAACGCCAGCAUUCCCUGCCCUGCAGUAUCUGGAGUCCGUGGAUGAAGGAGGAGUAGCAUGGCAGGCAGGCUUGAGAACUGGCGACUUCCUCAUCGAGGUAAACAACGAGAAUGUUGUGAAAGUCGGCCACAGACAAGUGGUGAACAUGAUCCGCCAAGGAGGGAAUCACUUAGUCCUCAAGGUUGUCACGGUAACCAGAAAUCUUGAUCCCGAUGAUACAGCCAGGAAGAAAGCCCCUCCGCCUCCCAAGCGAGCGCCAACCACAGCCCUGACCUUGCGGUCUAAAUCUAUGACCUCCGAGCUGGAAGAGCUUGUGGACAAAGCUUCAGUUCGGAAGAAGAAGGAUUUUCAUCCUUCACAUUUUGAAGAUAAAGUUGAUGAAGUUGUACCAGCUACCAAGCCAUCAAGGACGGCAGAAAAUGUGACUGUGGAGUCAAGAGUGGCAACCAUCAAGCAGCGACCCACCAGCAGGUGCUUCCCCUCUGUGGCAGACAUGAAUUCCAUUUAUGAGCGGCAGGGAAUUGCAGUGAUGACCCCCACUGUCCCAGGAAGUCCGAAGGCCCCUUUCCUGGGCAUCCCUCGAGGUACAAUGAGAAGGCAGAAAUCAAUAGGUGUAUUCGUCAAUGGUGGCUCCUUGGAAACUCAACCGUUGGCCGACGCAUCUGGAGCCAGUGGUGACUCCGAGCCCUCGGUCGUCCCAAAAGCAUUGGUGAUGCCAAGGAUGCUUUCCCCAAGGAGAAUAACAGAGGAAGAGCGCCAGUUUCUGGCUCCCCCGAUGCUAAAGUUCACAAGAAGCCUGUCCAUGCCGGACACCUCCGAAGAUAUCCCUCCUCCUCCCCAGUCCUUGCCUCCUUCACCGCCGCCGCCCUCCCCAACGGCCUACAAUUCACCCAAGUCCCCGACAGCCAGACCCUAUGGGACAAUCAAGCCCCCCUUCAAUCAGAAUUCCGUUCCCAAGGUCUCCCCCUCGCCGCGGCCUGAGAACAUCGGCGCGGUGAUGAGGGAGAAGGGCAUGUAUUACAGGAGAGAGCUGGACCGCUACUCCCUCGACUCGGAAGACCUGUACAGCCGCAAUGCCGCGCAGGCAAACUUCAGGAACAAGCGCGGCCAGAUGCCGGAAAACCCCUAUUCGGAAGUGGGAAAGAUCGCGAGCAAGGCCGUUUACGUCCCAGCCAAGCCCGCCAGGAGGAAGGGGAUGCUGGUGAAGCAGUCCAACGUGGAAGACAGCCCUGAGAAGACCUGCUCCAUCCCCAUCCCGACCAUCAUCGUGAAGGAGCCUUCCACGAGCAGCAGCGGGAAGAGCAGCCAGGGGAGCAGCAUGGAGAUCGACGCGCAGGCCUGCGAGCAGCCCGGGCAGCUGCGGCCCGACGACAGUCUGGGCGUCAGCAGCCCCUUCGCGGCCGCCAUCGCCGGAGCCGUCAGGGACAGGGAGAAACGGCUGGAGGCCCGCAGGAACUCGCCCGCCUUCCUCUCCACCGACCUGGGAGACGAGGACGUGGGCCUGGGCCCGGGGCCACCCGGGCCACCCGGGCCACCCGGACCACCGGCGCCCAGGACGAGGCCUCCCAAGUUCCCGGAGGAAGAGCUGUUCGGCGACGAGGACGGCCUGGGCCAGCUGCCGUCGCCCACUCCGGCAGCGGCCCCGAGGGAACCCGAGAACCAUUUUGGCAGCGGCGAGGCCAGCGGCCCGAGCGACCCGGGCGGGGUGAGGACACUGAAUUCUGUCCCCAAAGGCAAAGGCCCAGAGAACACUGGGACGGCGGCCAAGGCCGGGAGCUCAGGCGGCCCUGAUAACUACGUCCACCCCCUCACCGGAAGGCUGUUAGACCCCAACUCCCCCUUAGCGCUGGCCCUCUCGGCCAGGGACAGAGCCUUGAAAGAAACCCAGCAGGGCCCCAGCAAGGGGGAAUCGGCCAAGGCCGACCUGAACAAGCCCCUGUACAUCGAUACCAAAAUGCGGCCCGGCAUGGAGCCCUCCUUUCCCUCGGUGCCCAGGCAGAGCACCCGCGGCCCGCUGAGGAGGCAGGAGACGGAGAACAAGUACGAGCUGGACAAGGACAAGAAGGGGGACGAGAAGAAGAACAUGCUCAUCAGCAUCGUGGACACGUCCCAGCAGAAGACAGCCGGCCUGCUGAUGGUCCACACGGUGGAGGCCGCCAAGGUGGGGGACUCCCUGGAAGAGGAGGAGGAAGAGGAGGAGGAGGAGGAGGAGGAAGAGGAGGAGGAAGAGGAGGAGGGAGCGGAGGCGAGCAUAGAGCCAGAAGGCUGUCCCGCCGAGGGGCCCGAAAGCAUUCCCGAAACCGAAGGUGCUUUACAGGUCUCGGCCGCCGGCCCAGGCAAGGUGAUGGCGGCCGCGGGCUCUGUGGACGAGCCGGUCGUCCUGCCCUUCCGAAUCCCGCCCCCUCCUCUGGCGUCUGUGGAUCUGGACGAAGAUUUUCUUUUUACAGAACCAUUGCCUCCGCCCCUAGAGUUUGCAAACAGUUUUGAUAUCCCUGAUGACCGGGCCGCUCCAACUCCCCCUCCCACAGACCUGGGGAAGCCCAGGAAAGACCCCCCCCAGUCCCCUUCCUUCACCCCCACUCAAUCAGCCAACUCCGUAGACGGUAAGAAACCGGCAGGUCUUUCAAACUGUUUGCCAGCCUCGUUCCUGCCGCCCCCAGAAAGUUUUGAUAACGUCACUGACUCCGGGAUCGAGGAGGUGGACAGCCGGAGUAGCAGUGACCAUCAUCUCGAGACAACCAGCACUAUCUCCACCGUGUCCAGCAUCUCCACCUUGUCCUCGGAAGGGGGCGAGACCCUGGACACAUGCACGGUCUAUGCAGAUGGGCAGGCAUUUAUGGUCGACAAGCCCCCUGUACCUCCGAAGCCAAAAAUGAAGCCCAUGAUUACCAAAAGCAAUGCACCUCACAAAGACACCCUGGUAGAAGAGAACGCGGACGGCUUUGUGAUCCCUCUGCCCGUGCAGGCGCCGGCACCGCCCCCUCCGCCCGCUGGCGCCCAGCCGGGGGGGACCGCCAAGGCUCUCCAGCAAAGGACCUCCAAGCUGUGGGGGGAUGUCCCCGAGGUCAAAAGUCCUAUUCUCUCAGGCCCAAAGGCAAACGUCAUUAGCGAAUUGAAUUCAAUCCUACAGCAAAUGAACCGAGAGAAAUCGACGAAACCGGGAGAAGGAUUGGAUUCGCCGACGGGAACCAAAACGGCUAGCCUCAGUACAAGGAGCACGGAUGUCAUGAGCACCGUCUCAGGGACGCGGAGCACGACGGUCACUUUUACCGUCCGCCCUGGCACCACCCAGCCCAUCACCCUGCAGAGCAGGCCGCCGGACUAUGACGGGAGGACCACUGUCACGAGACGUGCCCCAAGCCCGGUGGUCUCCCCCACCGAGAUCACCAAGGAGGCCCUGCCCGCUCCUCUGCCCGCCGUCUCGGCUGCGUCCCCUUCACCUACUCUGUCUGAGGUUUUUUCCCUUCCGAGCCAGCCACCUUCAGGGGACCUGUUUGGCUUGAGCGCAGCAGCGCGCAGCAGGUCCCCGUCUCCCUCGAUACUGCAACAGCCAAUCUCCAAUAAGCCUUUUACAACUAAACCUGUCCACCUGUGGACCAAGCCCGAUGUGGCUGAUUGGCUGGAAAGCUUAAAUUUAGGUGAGCAUAAAGAGACCUUCAUGGACAAUGAAAUCGACGGCAGUCACUUACCAAACCUUCAGAAGGAAGACCUCAUAGACCUCGGAGUAACUCGAGUUGGGCAUAGAAUGAACAUAGAAAGAGCGCUGAAGCAGCUGCUGGACAGAUAAGGACGCCUGCUCCCUUCGCCGUCAUGGACUUCUGCUUAUAAGUAGAGAUGGGCUUGUGCUGCGAUCGUUGAGGCCUCCUGCUCUGUGAGCACCGACACCACCCCGGGUCUGUCCACCUCCUGUUGCCCAAAGAAAGGCCGGGUGCACCUUGGCCCCCGAGCCCAGGUCCGCCAACCCCCCGGGCCCGGCCUGCUCUCUUACCCAGCGGCUGGCCAGACCAGGCCACCGCUCCCUUCGGUCAAGGGGAGGAAGGGAGAGGGGGGGUAGAAUGGGUUCCAAGCCUGCCCCCCAAGGGCCGAUGACCUCCCUUGCUCCUCCCAGGCCCAGAAGCCAGCCCAGGAUGGGGCUCGGCUGGAUGCCUCCUGAGCUGCUCCUCCCUUGGUUCUGACCAGCUCCUGACCCUCCAGGUCCCAGCACUGGCUCUUGCUCAUUCCCUUCCCCUUUCUUAGUCAGUACAUGCUCACUUGCUUCCUUGUUUUCUGAGCAGUUUGCUUACGGCAGAACCAGCCCCAGAGGUUUUUAUUUAAAGGCUGUGCCAUCUUGGGCCCCCGCCCCCAGAUACUCCACACCAUCUCCUGCUGGGGCUGUAGCCAUAGCUGUCAGGCAGAGAGGUGGUGACUUUCUUGGCAGAGGGUGGAGGCUUUCCACAAGAUCGUGCCCUGCUUUGUUCACCUUGAUUUCUUGAUUUCUGCGAAUAAAGCUAGUUAGGCUAUUUUCCACGUGACCAACUCAGGCCCCAUGGAGUUAGUCGAAGCACAGAGACACGAUGUAGAGAUGGAAGGGGAGAGUCACCCCCAGGAACUAAGCAGUCCCCAAGCCGCCUCAGGCACAUCGCCUCUCUGCCAGACACAGGGUGUCCCAUCCAAACACGUCAAGCUGGGCUGGGGAGACAGUAGCUCACCUCCCUUCCUUUUUUCUGCUCUUGAGCAUUUGUUUUGUGUCUUUGUACCCCAUUGUGGUUGAAGAAGGUGAGCAUAUACAUUGACCCAAAGGACAAUCAAAUAAAGGAGGUGAACCAGGGGGCCACGUGGUGCUACCUGGACCAUGAGGUCUUUGUCGGGAACUGUGUCAGGGACUCCAGGAUCCAGGUCCUGAGUCCCCUCAAGGUUGAGGAGCCAUCCUCUGACAGCCCCUUUGCUGUCUGGAGCCAGGGAGAGCAGCAUGUUGAGAGGUCUCCCCCCCUCUUUGGACCUCAGGGAAUCUCUCCAGCUUACUGAGAAGCAGCGCUGUGAGAGAGAGGUGCAGAAGGUGGACAGGACCCAGGGUUGAGAGCAGGAGCUAAGUUGUGAGUGGGGAUCGAAGGCACAGAAAUGGGGGAUCUCCAAGGGGCUAGGAAAGAUGCUGGUCACUUAGUAAUAGAGAGUGAGGUCACCCUGACUGCCAACUUUUCCAGACCCUCUUCCAUGUCUUUCUCCCCUGUCCCUUACCUCCCUGACUCUGCAUAGGCCCCCAAAGGUCCCCCCACCCCAGUAACAGGCCCCCUCAUCUCCAAGGGAGGUUGUCAACUGCCCACAGCUAGCCAAUGUCCUGCCAGGCUUCCAGUGUAUCCCCACAUCUGGAAGUGGCCCAAAUGUUUGGGUUUUGCUUUUUUUUAAUUUUCUAUUCCGGACUAGCCCAUCUCUAGUUAUAAAACAAGACCUUUUUUUUUCUUUUUCUUUCUUUCGUUUUUAUUACUUUUGCUCACAAUCAAGUGUCUGAUUAGGUCUGCAGCAGCCCUCGAAUGAGUACAGCAAAUUUACCAAUUUAACUCUUUCUUUACUGCAAGUUUAAAUAGUUGUAUAGAUAGUUUAUAAGCACAAUAUUUUAAGAGAAAAAAAAUCAGUGGCUGGUCUACUAGGCAGCCUUUGUGCUAGGAAGUUAAAGGAAACAAACUUUGGUGAUUUAAUACUAAUAAUACUAUUUCUGUGGAAUAAUUCUAAAGAGUAUGACCUUUUUAAAAUCAACCUUAUUUGGAUGCGUCUGAACCAGCAGAGCUGUGUUACGUUUUCUAUCUUUGCUAGAACUUCGUCACCGAAGGACAAACGUUUCUUCGAAAGUGGUCCCGAUUCACUGGGAGGGCGGGCGGGCGGGCGCUCCCCAGUCCCAAAGCCAACAAAAAGCCACUCCUCUCCAAUCCUCUACCCACCCUCCUUCCCACCCACCGCACCCCCAACUCUGGAAAACCAAUAUUUCUUUUGAUUUUGCCUCUGUUCUGAUCCCCUUUGCAGGUCAAUAUUUGUAUUUGGAAGUUCCAACCUAACUUGUAAUAAAAAUAAUGCAUUCAGGCAUUUUCCUUCAGAGUACUUUCGAUUUUUCCAUAGUGAGACGAACAUUGCUCUAGAGGAAUUUGGAGACAGGUAUUCUCGAGGUGGCCAGCGGACGUGCCUCGAUAUUUACGAAUGUGUUUAUAAAAAAACAAAACAAAAAAAACCGGUACUUUAGCCAUCAUUUGUCUUCCAUUUGGUGAGAUGACAGAAUUCAGUCAAUAAACCGCUAGUAAUGAGGCUCUUUUCCUUCCUUUGCUUUCCGCUGGUGUUGCCUCCGAGCACCGAGUCAGGUCAAACAUGAGUCCAAAGGAUAGGAAAGGAACAGCCAGGUGACGUUCAGGCCGCCGCUAUUCGGCCACACCUUGAAGGUAGAGUUCAGCUUUGUUGAAUUGUGGCCUCCGAGGGCGGUGAGCGCAGGUGGGGACCCUUUGGUCCCGAGCUACUUGGUGCGAGUGUAUCUUUGCGGUCACAACCACCUCGAUGCGGUGUCUGUCGUCAGUAGAAAGCAGAUGGCGACAUUAAAGAGCUCAUGAAAUGGUUGGUUUUGACAUUGUGUCUUAUAGUAGAAAAGUAACCGGCUGCCUGAGGGCCUGCUUUGACCAAUAAAACCUUGUUUGCCAAGACAAUCUGUCUAGCUCUGUUUGCCGAGUUUGCUACCCCCAGCAAUAGCUCCUAGUUCAGAGAGACCCACUUCCUCUUCUCCCCGCAUUGGGGAAUAUCAGGCCUAGGCCCUAUUCAUGAUCUUCUUUAAUAGUGGAGCUGAGUGUUAAAUUGUGGCUCUGCUCAAAGAGACAUGUCAAUUGUGGUCCUCUAGGUUUUAGGAUAAACUUUUGUUAUCUACUGUACUUUAAAUAAACUGUAUUUCCAUGCCUAUUUUCUUUCUGUAAUAUUUGUAUAGAUGAGACCAAAUCUCACGAGAUGUACAUUACAUAGCGCCUAUGUACCAGGACACCUCUACUUGAGCAUCUGGACAUGUUUACGGCUGACUCCUAGAUGACAACGAUGACUAGAUGUGACUGUUGGUUUACAAUUUUUUACAUAUCACAAAGCUAAUUCAUCAUUUGUGGUACUUCAGUUAAUGAAAGAAAGGAUGGUUUCUUUGGGUGAUUUUUUUUUCUUCCUGAGUUCCCUAGCAGCCCAGCAAGAUGCCUGCACAUUUGUUACUCUGUUAGUCCAGCAGUAGUGAUGUGUCCGAGCCCCAAACAGCAGUGAUGCUUUCCCGUUAACAUCUUUUCUUUUCCUUUUUAUUGCUCAGUACUUGAUGGCUUGGCCCCAACCCACACACACCUUCUCUCUGUGACUGCUCUGUACUUUUGUAUUCCUCCAAAUCAGAAUCGAGGAAACCAUGCCCCUGUGGCACGUUCAUCUCCCUGAUCCUUGUUGCUCCUGUAUGGCAACAGAAAUGACUGUCUAGAAUAAAUGCCCUCUUGCAUUAAGGCCAAGGGUCUGAUUGCAAACAGAAGAAAUUGUCUGGAUCCAUCACAGGAGAAACCGCCCAGCUCACGACUUCCUGUAUGGUAGGGCUUGAUGCUUCAGGAAGGGGUCCCCUCCCUAUCUACAGCUGGAAGGGGGAUAGAGGUUUCCAAAGGACGAAAAUGCCAGCCAGCUUGUUUCAUUUAGUCAAUCUGCCUUUGUUUUCUUGACAAUGUGGGAAACAAGGGUACUGAAUUUUGGAUUUGUGUUUAAAAAAAUGGAAGUGUCACCCUCUGUGGCCCCAGAAUAUUUGUAUGGGAAGGAAGGUUGCUCCACUUGAAUUCUAAAUCCUUGGUGAUGGGGCACAGAGUGGAAGUUCUUUUGGUUUCGAUGAGGGAAUUAGCCACUAGCCAACAGUACCCCUGACCUGACACACUCUCCCAUCCUGACUCUUGACCUUCUAGAAGAGUUUGGAGGGACUGGGCCAGGGUGGAGUCUCCAGCUGGUGAUGGAAAACCAAAGGGUUUGGAUGAUCAGGUGGGCUAUGAGCCAUGAACCUUUGUCCUUUGGGAAGCUCCAGGAUGCUUGCAUACCCCUCCCUUCUACUCUGAGGAAACCAGCUUUCCUUUUCAGCCCUGGAAGUAUGAGAGUUUUCCUUGGCCUCACCAAGAUCUUGUCUUUGGGGGUCAUUGAGCAGUCUAUCUUCUCAUGACACCUGAAGCCACAGCCCUAUAAUUAGCUUUGGUCUUUCCCCAAGGGGGACACUUUGGCUCCUUGUAUUUCAGAGGAGGAAUUUCUUCCCCCCUCCCCCACCCCAGGGGUAUCCUGGUUUGUCUCAUUGAAACUGUUUGUGGCCUUCUUCGUUUUUCAUUUGGACUGUAUUUGGGGCAUUUGAAAAACUAGAGAAACUCGAGCACCUUGCCACCAUCCGGACUAUCCAUUUAUACAUGUUAAGCCCUUUGCAAAAAACCAAACCAACCAAUGGUAGCCAGGCAGUCUGCAGCAAGCCAAGCCCACAGACCUGCCACUGGAAGGAGAUCACGGUGGUCUCCAAGUUUCUUUCUGGUCUUUGCCAGAGACAACCCCUUCUCUUUGGGGACACACUAUCUCCUGGUGGGUUUCCUUCUUGCUUGCUGUGAUGCCAUGUUUCUGCAUUUCUUUCUUUCUCAUUUUGCAGCAAACACCACCACCAACCAGUAUCUAAUGCUACUCAUUGGACACUCUGUUUAUGAAAAUUCCGAUCCUUGACUAUGAGCUUUCAAAUAAAUAUGGAAAAGGAAAAAAAAUAAGGAAAACCAAAAAGAAUGUGCCUUGGGUGUUUUGAGACCUGGUCUGCAUAAAACCCCCACUGUGUUCCAAUACUACAUGUUGAACGAAAGGAUCGGUUUCUCUUCAGUGUAUUCAUGUAGCCGAGACAUAGUUUUAGUGCCUUGUUUUCUGAACUAUAAAGUCCGUCUCGCGCACAGCCCGAACAGGGGCUUAUUAGAGAAAUGGAAUGUGAAGGCAGUCUCCCUGUCUCUGACUUGGGGUCUCCUUGGCAUCACUAAAUUGUGGAGGGAGCACA